AUGCUCAACCACCCUAGCCAAGGCUCAGGUGAUAUUCAGGACGAAAAGCAAGGCGACUUCCCCGUCAUCGAAGAGGAGAAGACCCAAGCUGUAACGCUGAAGGACUCUUACGCUAGCGACGAUGCCGCUAAUUCUACGGAACGCUAUAACUUGUCUCCUUCCCCGGAGGACGAAGACUUCGAAGCUCCCACUGAAGAAGAAAUGCAGACUUUAAGACACGUUGGUGGUAAAAUCCCCAUGAGAUGCUGGCUGAUCGCUAUUGUAGAGCUUUCCGAGAGAUUCUCCUACUAUGGGCUUUCUGCGCCAUUUCAAAACUACAUGGAAUAUGGGCCCAAUGACUCCCCCAAAGGUGUUCUGAGCUUGAACAGUCAAGGUGCCACAGGGUUGUCGUAUUUUUUCCAGUUUUGGUGCUACGUUACACCGGUUUUCGGUGGUUACGUCGCAGAUACAUUCUGGGGUAAGUAUAAUACAAUUUGUUGCGGCACGGCUAUCUACAUUGCCGGUAUCUUUAUUCUAUUCAUCACUUCGAUUCCUUCCGUUGGUAACAGAGACAGUGCUAUUGGUGGGUUUAUUGCUGCCAUUAUUUUGAUCGGUAUUGCUACUGGUAUGAUUAAGGCCAAUCUUUCCGUGUUGAUCGCCGACCAGCUUCCCAAACGGAAACCCUCUAUCAAAGUGCUAAAAUCAGGCGAAAGAGUCAUCGUUGAUUCAAACAUUACUUUACAAAACGUUUUCAUGUUUUUCUAUUUUAUGAUCAAUGUCGGCUCUCUAUCUUUAAUGGCCACCACUGAAUUAGAAUACCAUAAGGGUUUCUGGGCAGCGUACCUAUUGCCCUUCUGCUUCUUUUGGAUCGCUGUUGUAACUUUGAUUUUCGGUAAGAAGCAAUACAUUCAGAGACCAAUUGGUGAUAAAGUUAUUGCCAAAAGUUUCAAAGUUUGUUGGAUUUUAACCAAGAACAAGUUCGACUUCAACGCUGCUAAACCUUCUGUUCAUCCAGAAAAGGACUACCCAUGGAACGACAAAUUUGUUGAUGAAAUUAAGAGGGCUUUGGCGGCUUGUAAGGUGUUUGUAUUCUACCCAAUCUAUUGGACACAAUACGGUACAAUGAUCUCCAGUUUCAUUACUCAAGCUAGUAUGAUGGAAUUGCAUGGAAUCCCCAACGAUUUCCUACAAGCAUUCGAUUCCAUUGCAUUGAUCAUUUUUAUCCCAAUUUUUGAAAAGUUUAUUUAUCCUUUCAUCAGGAGAUACACUCCAUUCAAACCAAUUACAAAAAUCUUUUUCGGUUUCAUGUUUGGGUCCUUUGCGAUGACAUGGGCUGCUGUCCUACAAAGUUUCGUUUACAAGGCUGGUCCAUGGUAUAAGGAACCUUUGGGUCACAACACCCCAAAUCAUGUCCACGUUUGCUGGCAAAUCCCUGCAUAUGUCUUGAUUUCUUUUUCAGAAAUCUUCGCCUCUAUCACUGGUUUGGAAUACGCUUAUUCCAAAGCCCCAGCUUCUAUGAAAUCAUUCAUCAUGUCCAUUUUCUUAUUGACUAACGCCUUUGGUUCCGCCAUUGGUUGUGCCUUAUCUCCAGUAACCGUUGAUCCUAAAUUCACAUGGUUAUUCACUGGUUUGGCUGUUGCCUGCUUCAUCUCUGGUUGUUUGUUCUGGUUUUGCUUCAGAAAGUAUAACGAUACAGAAGAAGAAAUGAACGCCAUGGAUUACGAGGAUGAAGACGAAUUUGAUCUCAAUCCAAUUUCCGCACCUAAAGCUAACGAUAUCGAAAUAUUAGAACCAAUGGAAAGUCUAAGAUCCACUGCCAAGUAUUAA